UUUUGAAACAAGUUUGAAGACUUCACCGGUCAAAUCUAUUUCCGCAUUUGAAAAAGUAAAAUGCCCAAAAGGAUAUGUUCCAAUUCCAAGAAACACUCAAGAUAAAUCUUUACUCAACUAUCAUAUCCUAGAUGCAAAUAACCCUGUUACUUAUAAUGCGGGCGCAUAUGUUCAAGGUAAUUUUAGCUAUGGAGCUAGCGGAACUGCCUGUGUUUAUAAUCCAAAAGUUUCAAAGGCCCAAAUUAGCGGAAGUGCUUUGCAUGUUCGAGGUGGACUAGAAAAUAAUAUUAGUCAAAUUCUGUUGGGAUGGCAUGUAUAUCCAGAUUUAUAUCAUGAUGAUAAAUCACAUAUCUUCGCACUCUGGAACUCAAAUAAUUUUAAGACGGGAUGCUACAAUACGAUGUGUCCUGGUUUCAUUCAAACAGAUAAUUCAUUAUAUCUCGGACAACCCAUACAAAACACAUCAAUCUAUGGAACUGAGAUUAUUAUGGAGACCUUGUUGUCAAUUUCCCAGGAUGUAAAAACAAAUAAUUGGUGGGUGACUGUGCAAAAUAAGGCACUUGGAUACUUUCCGACGGAAAUAUUUUCUAAUUUGAGGGAAGCUACUCAAGUGGGAUGGGGUGGCUUUGUAUUAAGUGGUGCAGGUGAAGAUAUUCCUUUUCCUCCAAUGGGAUCUGGACAUUUUGAAGAACUGAAUCUCUUGCAUUCUUCUUAUAUCACCCAUAUUCAAUAUUUGAAUGCUACCAGAACAAAUGGUUGCCCUAUGUAUAAGCUAGUUAAUACUCCCAAAAACCUCCCUACAAAAUGCUAUGAUGUCGAAUAUUAUGGAGAACGAUCUGAAGCAUUAGGGUGUUUUGUUUUAUUUGGAGGACCGGGUGGUAAAUGUAACAGUUAAUUGUAGCAAACAAACUUUUAAAUAAAUAAAUGAAGGUUCUAAGUA